GUCCGCGCCUCGGGAUUCGACACGGCUCCUGGGUGUACGAGUCAACAGUAGAGAAAUAAACACGGAGAAAUCGUUCGUACGGAGUAGAAUAAAAACAAAACCGGUCCACGAAUUCGCCGAGUGUACAAGUUUAAUUCGCGUUGGAAGGAAAUAUUUGUUUUCAUCGCGAUGGUCUUGUUGUCGUCGUCGUCGUCGUCGCUCACCGUGCCGAUUCUCGAUCGUUCGUAGAUCGUGUCGCUGCGCUCGAAGGUAACAAGGAAACACAAGUGACCACACGGAAAGAGUCGUGUCGUUCGGUGAAUUUAAAAGGGGAUAAAAGGACGUGGAAUACGUGAUAUUAAAUAAAACCGGAGAGACGUCUACUAAACGGACAUCGAGAAAAAGAGAGUGAGAGAGGUAGAGAAAGAAAAAACGGAAGAGAGUUACAUUAAACGUUACGUACUAUGUGGGACGUCACGUCGAGUGACAUCGUAGCCUGGAGACAAAAUGGGGCCCGUUGAAGGGGCCCGGAAGAUCUCAGGGGUCCGAUUAUCAACGGAGGUAUGGAUGUCAUCGGGGACGGGGACGAGCAAACCCUCCAGGCGAUUCUCGGUCGGGACGAUUUCGACGGAGGGCUGGACUUCUCGCAAUUGGAAGAUUUCAUUAACAGCGACAGCGAACAGCCAGCCACAUAUUUCGCGGACACCCUUGCUCACAAUGAAAACGGGGGUGGACCGACCAGCCAUGGAGGCCGCGUCGAAGCGACAACCACUCAGCAACCGCUCUCUCGAUUACCCUCGCCGAUUGCUCAAAGUCAUCCGGUCUCGAGUACUUGCACAUCCGGUACCACGACCGUUCCAAACGGCGCCACUUACAAGGAUCCGCAAUCGUACGUUCACCCACACGCGUUACCGGAAAGUCCACCGGACAGCGGUAGCGAACCACCGUAUUCGCCGCCAGGUCACAACGAUACUCAACACGUGCACUCACCACAUCAAAAGGUAGCUCUACAGGAAAUGCUCCUCCAUCAUCAAGGCAAUCAGGCGAAUUAUGCUCCAAAUAUGUUACCAUCCUCGCCGAGACCCUUACCGUCGUCCACGGAUCCGAUGCUUCUAACGCAUUCAGUUUUAACGUCGCAUCUUGGACCAGGAACCCCGAAUAUUCAACCCCAACAACAGAUAACCCAGAAUCUCGUACCUCUACCGCAUGAACAUAGUCCUGGCGGUAUAAAUACCUUGUACUCUUCGUUGCAAUCGGCGCCUAAGAAGAGAAAAUUGAGCCAGGAUGGACUUGUCCAUGUAAAGCAGGUGCAACGAGAACCUGAACUGGGUACAGUGGAACACAGUUGUAGCAGCAGCAGCGCGGUCCUCGAUGGCGACGAAGUCGCAGACAACAGUUACAUCGAUGCUAGCUACCAGUGCAUCCGUUUCCAUCCGUUUCAGCAGACAUCCUGGCACGUUCUUUGCGACCACAAUCUGAAGGAACUUCCGGUGCCCCAUUACCGGGUGGACGCGGACAAGGGAUUCAAUUUCAGUAACUCGGACGACGCGUUUGUCUGUCAGAAGAAAAAUCAUUUUCAGAUUACUUGCCAUGCUCAGCUCCAAGGAGAAGCUAUAUUCGUCAGAACCGGCGAAGGUCUGAAGAAAAUAAGCAGCUUCCAGUUACACUUUUACGGCGUUAAAGUUGAAUCUCCGACUCAAACGAUCAGAGUCGAACAGAGUCAGAGCGACAGAAGCAAGAAACCGUUCCAUCCGGUGACAGCUGCUUUCAGGGUGGAAUUAGGCGGUGAACGUGUCACCAAGGUGACGGUUGGUCGUCUUCACUUCAGUGAAACGACCAGUAAUAACAUGAGGAAGAAAGGGAAACCGAAUCCGGAUCAGAGAUAUUUUCAUUUGGUUGUUGGAUUGCAUGCUCAUACCGCAGACCAAGCUAGCUAUCAAGUGGUGGCUCAUGCGUCAGAAAGAAUAAUCGUCAGGGCAAGUAAUCCAGGACAAUUCGAGUCGGAAGGCAGCGGUGUUGGCGCCGAAGGUGGUUGGCAAAGAGGAUCAGCUCCAGACAGCGUUUAUCAUGCUGGUCGAGUUGGAAUUAACACAGACAGGCCUGACGAAGCUCUUGUAGUUCAUGGCAACAUGAAGGUGACGGGUCAUAUUGUUCAACCCAGCGACGCACGAGCGAAGCAAAACGUACAGGAAAUAGACACGCGCGAACAACUGCGAAACGUACAGCAGUUGAGAGUUGUUCGUUACAGAUACGCUCCAGAAUUCGCUCAGCAUUCGGGUCUAGGUAUUAAACAGCAAGAGGAUACAGGCGUAAUUGCACAGGAAGUCCAACAAAUACUACCGGAAGCUGUGCUCCCAGCGGGCGAUAUAGUUCUUCCAAAUGGUCAAAGGAUCGAGAACUUUUUGGUGGUGAACAAGGAGAGGAUAUUCAUGGAAAAUGUUGGUGCUGUGAAAGAAUUAUGUAAAGUGACAGACAGCUUGGAAACUCGUAUAGACCAGCUGGAACGAAUAAAUAAACGGUUAGCGAAGUUAAAGAGAGACGACAGUCUGAAAAGUUCGAUCAGUACGAUAUCUAGCAAGACCACUGUACAGGGAAAGGGGAAGAAAAAUGAACGAGAAGACGAGUUUCUUUGUAGCAAUAAGUUCAUCCAGAUCGUCAUUGUUAUACUUAUCCUGAUCAUGGCAUUUUGCCUAGUUGCAAUGGCGACGUUGUAUUUCUUAGAGUAUCAGAAACGUAGCAGCUUCGAGUGGCCGGCGGUAAGCAGCAAUGGAAUGUUGGCUAUAAGACCAGCCCAUCCAUCGACAAUAUCGAGUACACCUAAUUACGAUCCAAGAUACAACUCCUUAUUGGGUAGUACGUUGUCCUCCUUGUACACUAAACAUGGAUCGCACAGCAGAGGUUUAGACAGCAGUUUGUCGGUGAAAAGCGACGCGUUUUCCACCUCGGCUCCGCGCACGAAGCAAGAUUACUACUCUCAUGAAAUAACUUGGUUUCACUCAACCAAACUUGAAAAGAAUAGUGAAUUUCCUGGAAACUGGUUGAGCAGAAAUGGGGCCGGUGUUGUUCCCAGUAAUGUGGAUGAGAAUGAUCAGGGUUCAGAUGUGGAAUCUUCAACUUUGAACAAAGGUCCCAUACCUUUAGGUAGACCAGUAGAUUGUCCCAGACAUUUUAGCGAAUUUGGAAAUCCGUGUAAGGUGCAUUGUUGCACCACCAAGAUGCAUCAGUUUGAGGAGCCACAACCUGAUCACCCUCCAGAGAAGAAAUCAAUUCCAGACCAUAUAGAACAGCCUUUGAACGUACACGAAGAGAAACGGAAGAUAACCAAAGGCUUUCAGAAUGGUAUCAACCCGUCCGAUCCUAGCACGCAGACACUUGUGAAAGAGAAAAAUUAUAUACAUUCUUAUAAGAGGACGAGAAGAGAAACUAACGGUGGAGAUUGGGUGGAAGUAGCCAGUAACGCCGCAGGAUCAUUGCCGCCAGAACCUAAACCACAAUUGUGGAUAGUGGCGGAGAAUUUUAACACUUCGCUCGAUCAAAAGUAUUGCUCUGCAUCCUCGCAGGAUACGCCGAAUAAUAUUACUUGUAUCAUUCCUUUGUCCAAGUACAUGCCAGACGUUCGUCUCACGUUGCAUUUUGUCGGAAUGCCUUGGUACGGGCAAGUAGUGCAACAAUGCACUUCGUUAACGAAUCCUGGCAUCGACGAAUCUAUGAUAUGCAGUCCAAAAGACGCGAUACAACAACAAACUGAGUUGAAAAUUGAUAUUGAAAGUAAUAAUCAACGAGGAGAUCAAUCGUUUCCUCUUGACGUUGCUCAUUAUCUCAGGAAAACGUUGAGGUUUCGUGUGCCUACUGUACAGCCACAAGAGAAUAUUUGUAAGAAUAAACAUGGUGUCGAUUAUUCCGAAUAUACAUUGCACUUUUAUCGAGAUUGUGACGAAUGAUUGAUUUUUAUAACAUGACAUAAUCCAAUGAUAUCCAUGUUUCUAUUCCAAAAAAAAGGAAGAUUGUGAAUUCAAGUACUACAGGACCUUCUUGUGCCUUCGUAACGUACUCCAUCUCUAUUUUCUCCAAUUAUGAAAUUAUACACCAUAUAUUUGGUAAUAUAUGUAUCGUCGAAUAAAUCUCAAACUAUUUUAUAUGUUAUUAUAAUGUAUUGUGUAGCGUGACGAUUUUAAUGAUCAUUAGGAACGGAUAGAUCGUAGAGACUCAAAGAUAUUAGAUUGUAAUGUAACAGAAUCUUAAACUUUUACACUUCGUUGAAAAACACGAAGUAGUCGACAAUUGAUGUUCGAUGAUUAUCAAUCUUCGUAGCGUCAACUUUCUUCUUUUCACUGAAAAUUGUGAAAGUAAUAUUUUGAACGAUAGCAACAUGUAAAUAUCAUUUUUUUAAAUCUGACCGCAACGCAAUCAGUCUAUCGGCUAUUAAAUUGUAUCUUUUCAGUGGUUUCUACGUUAUCUACAAUCAUGUACAGAAUACUACUAUUAUUAUCAAACAAAUGAAGAAAAUAUUUGCACGUUAAUGAAUGCUGAUCGAAUAGAAGGAUUGAAAGCAUCACGUACACACACACACAUGUGCACAUAUAAAGAGGGAUGAUCUAAAAGCUUUGGUUAAAGACGAAAUGAUGUACAAAGUAAUAUUAAAUAUUCAUCUUGUUAUAUAUGUUACGUACGUCGAAUACGUAAUGGUAUCGAUUUUUGUUUAAGAACUCGCUCUUCGUUUUACAUGUCAUUUAAAUUCGUACAUUUUUUUUCUAAUUACUUUCAUUCGAACGACGAUAGGUGUUUGUAAAACACGGUAUCAUGGAGUUUCAAGUUCCUAAAAGGUAUUGUAUAAUAAUUGUCUAUUUCGUACGGUAGAAUUAGUCGAAGAAAUUUCAUUUGCACAUUUUCGAUCGCGGAAGCGAUUAUAUUAACACGUUGGCUGUCACAGGAUAUUAAGAAUUGAUUUACUAUUUCUAUAACCAUUUUUUUUUUAUUUAUUCAAUUAAAUUAAAUUGGUAGAGCUGAUGACCCCAGUGGCAAUCAACGCGUUAAUUACAUGCGAGUAUGUAAUUAAUAUUAUUGUUGCUAUCAUCGCUAUUGUUGCUCGAAAAUAUAUUAGAACCACUAUUAUCAAUAUGAAUCCGAAAUAUGAUUUCUAUUCGUGAGAUUCUAAGUGCUGUUCUGUUAAUCGCUUUAGUUUAUAUACUCGAAGAAGACAUAAUUUUUUAAAUUAAUUAGUACAUCAGUAGAUUAUGCUGAAAGAGCUUGAGCUACAAAGGGAUCUAUGUAUAUACUUUCGCACAAGAUAAAUUGUCGUUAAUCUUCUUCAGGAACUUCGACGAUUAUUCGUGUUUUAUAAACCGAACUAAAAGAUCUUUUUUCUUCAUUAUUUCAAUUUAUUAUUUAUGCGUAAGUAUAUACGAUCAGCAUGCCACUUCUGCCGUCCAUACGUUUUCCAUUACGCGAAGACAUUUACGAUAAGUUUUAAGCGAACAUUUAUCCAAUCAUGGAUAUAUAUAUAUUUUUACAGAAAGUGCUGCGAUUAGCAUGUAAAAAAGAAUACAACGAUAUUGUACAGUAAAAUGUAAUUGAAAUGCAACUACAUUGCAUUAUACACUAUUAAAACAAUUAACGCGUUGAUUGUCAUGGGGGUCAUUAAUAACAGACGCUACAAAUUUAUAAGUAUAAAAAUACUCUAAAGAAAAUUUUAUGUAUUGUUAAUAUUAUAUUAAUUAUAAGAUAGCACGUGGCAAGUGUAAUAUUCCAAAAUAAGAAUGAUUUCACUUCUAAAUGAAAUUCAUCAGGGGUCCCUGAUGACCUUUAUGCCAAUCAACGCGUUAACGAACAAGAAACUAAACUUUCGAUUCGAGGUUUUAAAUGUUAUUUAAUGCCUUUUUACGUAUUUUUCUCUGUUCGAAUACGUAAUCACACAAAUACACGAACAAAUUCUUUUAACGAUGACAAAAAGGUCACGCUGAUGAUUUUUGCAGCAUCACCACGUAUUAAUGUUAUUGUAAUACGAUUAUAAAUUAUUAUUAUACAUUAUAUAUAUACAUAUAUUUAAACACGCACGUGUACAUGAUAUUACAGCAACAUUAAUGUUGAAUCUAUCGUCACUAUUUCUUCUUUCCUAUACAGACACCAGAUUCUGUAUAUUGAAAAAUGAUAUUUGUAUGAUAUAUAUUUAACUUAGGGUAGUAUUCUUUCUUGAAAAAAAUUCUCUAUUGUAAUGCCGACAUCUGUAUAUUUUUCAUUUAUCAUUCGCAUCGAUCAAAUUGUAAUUCUUCGUUGUUUCUUCUACGUUCAACCCCUUGUUUCAUUUCUAAAAUACUAUUUUAUAUUUCAAUCGAAUUUUAAUAUAAAUUUACAGACAAUUGCUAGAGGAGAAUUAUGUACAAUUAUUUUAAUUUUUAAAAAUGAUUAGGCAAGGGGUUUUGUUAUUUGUUUUUAUAUUUUAAUGUACCAUAGCGUGGUUAAGAAUGAUUUAUCAUUUGCAAAUUGAGAAAAAGAGUGUCAUAAUGUUGAAAGAGAAAGAAAGAGCGUUUUAUUUUUCGAGACAUUCAGUUCUGAGACGAAACAGAAGCUGUUUAAAAUGUAGGUAGUACAAUAAUUUGAAAUCCGAUGCAAUCACAGUAGAAUUUGUACAUAAAACUUGAGGGUAGCAAUGGGUAGUACCUCUUUGUACUACAUCUCUUUUUUCGGUGAAACGUUGUUAGCUUUAAGCAAUUAGCAAUCAUGUAAUUAUAAACAAGUCGUUGUAUUAAUAUCAACGAGAGAGAUUACUCGUAAAGACAUUAAUUUUAACGUGGUAUCGUAUGUAUUAUAUUGCCCGAUCAAUGGUCAUUCCAUCUAGUAUUAAACGUUUAGAACGACUAUAGACGAUUGUCUAAAUAUUUGAAUAUUUUGCGAGAAAAGGGUACAUAGAAAAAUUGCUGCUCGAGACAGUGACUUUUAUCGAAGCCUCGGUUCCAUCUAUAAACUAUUAAUUUUUUCAAAUAAAAUAGAAACUUUCUGUCAGAGGCUUAAUAUUUCACGACCUCUUAUUGUUAGAAAAUUUUCGAAUACUCGACAAUUACUUUGAUAUAACUUAAUAUAGCAAUUCUGAAAAAAAUUGUAAAUUAGCUUGCUUCAAUGAAGAAGUUUAUGAAAAUUUCAGAAAUGAUUUAUAUAAAUUGACCUAGUCUCAUUCUACUGUUUUAACAAAAUAUUUAUCUUUUCUACUAACGUUAAAAACGCGUUUCAUUAACGCGACAAUUUAUCUUUGUUCACCUUGUCGAGCAUCGAACAGUACUAUUUAUGUAUAUUUGAACAAAAACGCAUGUAAAUGUUAUAUUCACAUAUUUAUGAAUGUAUCGUUAAAAUAAAAAAAGCAUAUAUAUAUAAAGAAUCUGUAUUCGUAGGAAAAUAAAGAUACUGCUGCAGAAUAUACACAGUA